GGUUCGCGAUGGAACGAAAGGAACCUAAACCUGUAGACAUUUGACAUUAACACCCUCGAGAAAAGAAAAAAAACACGCCACAUUUGAAGUGAAAGCUCCGCGCUUUAGAUAUCGCAUCGCUGCCCAGUCGCUGGAAAUAACUUCAUUAUUCCAGUUUUUUUGCGGGCGACUGUCGCCCCGUCCUCGGGUUUGACGGGAUACUGCAGGCUGCAUGGAGGGAUGUCGGCAUGGCUUGCACCAGGAGAACAAAAACUUUGGUGUCCACAUGCGUGAUACUGAGCGGUAUGACCAACAUUGUUUGCCUGCUCUACGUCGGAUGGGUCACUAAUUACAUCGCCAAUAUCUACAUCAAAGUUCCGAUGCCUCUACCGGAGAGAAAGUUAGAGGGUGACAAAAGAGGCGACACUCUCAGGAUCAUUGAGAGGCUUGAUCGGCUGGAGAAUGUGGUCAACCAGCACAUACAAGAGACUCCAGGGAGAGGGGAGGGCGGUCAGGCGGACGCAUCCUUCUCUGACUCGUCGCUGUUUGCUCACUGGGGUCAGGAGCUCAGCCCCGACAACCGGCGGGUGGCAUUGAAGAUGUUCCAGUACUAUGGAUAUAACGGCUACCUCAGUGAUCGUCUCUCUUUAGACAGACCAAUACCAGACCUCAGGCCUGAUGGGUGCAGAAACCUCACUUAUCCUUUAAACCUCCCUCAAAUGAGCAUUGUGUUCAUUUUUGUGAAUGAAGCCUUUUCUGUCAUCUUGCGGUCCAUUCACUCUGCCAUCAACCGGACACCCUCCCACCUUCUCAAAGACAUCAUCCUGGUGGACGACAACAGCAAUAAUAUUGAGCUAAAAGAGAAGCUGCAGGAUUUUGUGUCUGAGACUAACAAACAGCAUCCAGGAUUCAUCAAGAUGGUGCGUCAUGCCAAGCAGGAGGGUCUGAUCCGGUCCAGAGUGAGCGGGUGGAGGGCUGCUACUGCCCCAGUUGUUGCCCUGUUUGAUGCCCACGUCGAAUUCAACGUUGGCUGGGCUGAACCCAUUCUGCAGAGAAUUCAAGAAGACAGAACCCGCAUAAUCUCCCCAUCGUUUGAUAACAUCAAGUACGACACGUUUGAGAUUGAAGAGUAUCCGCUGUCUGCCCAGGGCUUCGACUGGGAGCUGUGGUGUCGCUACCUCAAUCCACCCAAGUCCUGGUGGCACAAUGGCAACAAGACUGCACCCAUCCAGAGUCCGGCCCUGAUUGGUUGCUUCGUGGUGGAUAGGCUGUACUUUGAGGAGAUUGGUUUGCUGGAUGAAGGGAUGGAGGUGUACGGGGGAGAAAAUGUGGAGCUGGGAAUCAGGGUUUGGCAGUGUGGCGGCAGUGUUGAGGUCCUGCCUUGUGCUCGCAUCGCCCACAUAGAGCGUGCCCAUAAACCCUACACGGAGGAUCUGACGUCUCACGUGCGGCGAAACGCCCUCAGAGUUGCAGAAGUGUGGAUGGAUGAGUUUAAAAGCCAUGUCUACAUGGCGUGGAAUAUUCCCAUGGAGGACCCGGGCAUUGAUAUUGGUGAUAUCUCUGAGAGGAAGGCUCUGAGGAAGAGGCUGCAGUGUAAAACUUUCCGAUGGUACCUGGUCAACAUCUACCCUGAGAUGAGGAUGUACAGUGACACCAUCGCAUAUGGAGUACUGAAAAACUCUCUGAAGAAUGAUCUAUGUCUGGACCAGGGGCCCGACAAUGACAAUGUCCCCAUCCUGUAUCUCUGUCACGGGAUGACACCCCAGAAUGUGUACUACACCAGUGCUCAGCAGCUCCACAUCGGUCUCCUCAGUCCAACGGUUGAUGACGACGACAACAAGUGCCUGGUGGACGUGAACAGCAAGCCGCGCCUCAUCGAGUGCGGCUAUGCUGCCGCCAAACGCAUGAAGCUCCACUGGCUCUUCACUCAGGGAGGAUCCAUUCAGAACAGGAAAUCAAAGAGAUGCCUAGAGCUUGUAGUGAGCAGCGACAAUGAGUUUGGCUACCAACUGGCUCUGCAGAAAUGCACUGGACAGAAAUGGUUCAUCACAAACGUGCUGUUUAGCAGCUCCUUGUGAACGACACAGGACUGAAUAGAUGGAGUGGUUUCUUAUGUGUGCACAUCUGAAAGGAUAAGAAGCAGGAGUCUGACAGAAGAGCGGUGCAUUGUUGAACACGAUCCUUUUGAGCACCACGAUGUCCUCCGAUGAGCCGAGUCGACGUCCCAUCGUAAAUGUUAAACAUUUUAUUUUGCCUACAAAAUCAGCCAUAGUUGGCGGAUAUUUUGCAGUUUUGACAAGGUAGUAUAUUAGGUAUAUUUUGUGGUAAAUACAGUACAGUCAGAUUUCCGUUGACUUAAAAGAUGUAAUGGGUCCAAUAUGUUUUUGUACUUUGUCCAUAAUUGCUACUGUGUAGCAAGUUUUCUGAACCUGUCCCUGCUGUAAUUAUUUUUAUUUAGUGUCUCAGGUUUGUAGGUUUAUUACGCUAGUCAGCUGAACAGUUGUGGGAAAAUGUUGGAAUAAUCUAAAAAUAAUAUUAUAAGAUUAUUUUCUACAUGUAAAUAUUUGGAUCAUUUGUUAUGUAUGACUGUAAAAUAACUGAUGUAAACUACUGAGUGCAAGUGUUUGUUCUGUUAAAAAUCUUAUCAAAAAAUGUUGCCAUUCCAUUGAAAUUACAAGUAUUUGAAUUUGGUAUAAAUCCCACAUAGAUUUUGGAUUGUCAAACAUUUUGAAUGUGUACGGAGGUCCUGGGAGUUCAAUGCACUGCAACUUAAGAAAACAUGUGCAAAUACACAAAACUCAAGCAAAUGUAGAAAACCUCUCUACCAGCGUACCACAAAUGCGCUGCAAAGUCACAACCAGAUAUAGAAAUGCUGCAAGUUGCAGAGAACCUGAUGAACAUACCAAUGCACGCGAGGAGGCGUUGCGUGAGCAGCAUGUUAUUGCAUGUUUCAUGUAGACAUGCAAUAAUGUGAAGGGCAUUUUACAGUGCACUAUAUACACCACAGAUCAAUCAUUCAGAAUGUUAAAACUGAAAUACACUUGCAUUGUUAGAUCAUUUUCCAACAUGGUCGACAGGUGUUCAACUUAAGUGUGUUUCUGCAUUGGUACAAUUUUUUCCAUAUAGAGCAGGCAACAAAAUGGCCUGAUGGCUUGUCAAGCUGAGGACUAUGUUUUCUUAAUUUGUAUUUGGUUUUUCGAUUUCUAUUUUCGUUGCAGUGUGUUGAACUCUCAGGGCCACCAUAGCUGUGGCUGUUAAUAUGACCUUUUAAUUAGCAGCAUAGACUGAUGUAUGCACACUCGCGCACAGCAUUUAGAAAAUACAGAGUCAUACAAGUGAUGUCAGUUUAUAAUAACAAAUGCAAGGGCAGAAGCAGAGAAACGGGGCUGCUUUCUGCUGUGACUGUUGUGUGCACCUGAGGAGGAGACGAGUGGCACAGCCUGUUUUCAACGUGUCAGUCCUCAUUACCGUCCACAUUCAAGCAGAGCUCGGCAAACCAUGGCAUUAAAUAUACAUGGAAAUCCACUUUCAUCAAAAGGACCUCCCUCACGAACACGUCGUAAUAUAUGCAAUAAGAGCGCUUCUGCAUGCUCAAACUUUUGAAUGAAAGCAAUUCAACAAAACAGUAUUCCCAUGCACAUUACUUACAUCUGCUUGUAGUUGACCUCCCGUACUGAUUGCCUUGGGGAGCUCGUUCCAAAUAUUACUUUCAGCUUUAAAAUGGCUGUAGAUGGGGAAUCUGUGUGUGUAUAUUUGCUUAAUAUUCCAUGAUCAUACAUAAAUGUAUCACCCUUGUUGAUUUAGCACAUCAUCUUGUGCCACAAAAUGGCUUGAAAUAGGUUUGUUUUUUUCAUCUUUUUUUUUAGGUUGGCACAAAGUACACUGCCGAGAUUCUAUUCCCUGUAAAUGUGCAUUAGAAGUUACACCCAACUGUAUCCCACAUUGAUGAGUCACACAUCUCGAAGAAGAGCUGGCCUGAUUUUGAUGAGGCCAGGGGUGAUUAUAUGUCUGUCUUACCUUUUGAGAUCUAGCAUUUGCAAAAUUGCAGUCAUUGCCCUUGAUAUGAGAAUUAAAGACAGGUUUUUAACGGGUACCUCAUCUGCCUUUCUGGAGCAACUGUCAUGAACAGUUUGAUCAUUAGAGCAAUUUGUCACAAGAGACAGGUUUUAUUGGGAAGAGUGCUGCUUCAUUUAAACUUACAGAAAUAUCAGAUUUUGCCUUUUAAAUGAAAGAUGACGUAAAAACUAUUUUAACCAAA